UUUAGCCCUCUGAGGAUCUCUUCACACGUAAGGACACAGUCCGGCGUCAAAGCCUCCGGGAACAGACAUGAAGGACCCACAGCUCCCAGGCAUCAGAGUGCGACUAUGGCCAAAGCAAAAAACAAACAAAAGUUCAGACAAGCCACCAAAGGUGGAAAAGUCAGCCUUGGCCCCCCCUUCUGCCACCUGUGUCAUCCCACAGCUUACUGAGGCAGAGAAAAUGAAGCAGACCCCAUUUGAAAGGAUCAUCUACGACAUGGCUCACAAUGAGAGGAUAAUCAAUGACCUGAUGCUGGGGCGGAGGGUUGGCUUUUAUGAGCUGAGGGGAGAGAUCGGUCAUGGAAACUUCUCCACAGUGAAACUGGGGGUCCAUGCCCUGACAAAAGAGAGAGUUGCUGUUAAAAUUGUGGACAAGCCGCGACAGGGUAAGAAGUGCUCACCUGUCAACCCCCUGGAGAUCAGCUGCAUGGAGAAGCUGAACCAUCCCAACAUCGUGCGCCUUUACGAGGUGAUUGAGACCAGCAGGAGGCUGCAUCUGGUGAUGGAGUACGGCAACGGUGGAGACCUGUUCUCCAGAAUCACCACCAGAGGGAAGCUCGAUGAUCUGGAAACCAAACUUGUUUUUGCUCAAAUCAUCUCCGCUGUUAAACACAUGCACGACCGCAACAUCGUCCACAGAGACCUCAAAGCAGAGAACAUCUUCUACACCACAAGUUACUGCGUCAAGGUUGGAGACUUUGGCUUCAGCACAGAAUGUGGCUCCAAUGAGCAUCUGACCAGUUUCUGUGGCUCUCCACCCUACGCCGCUCCUGAACUCUUCAGGCAGAAAGGCUACAACGGCCAGCACUCGGACAUCUGGGCUCUGGGUAUUCUCUUGUACUUCAUGGUGACGGCGACUUUACCCUUCUAUGGAGACAACAUGGGGAGGCUGAAGCGCUGUAUCCUGCAGGGGGCUUACAGCAUCCCUGCUUAUGUGCCUGACCCAUGCCAGCUUGUCAUUAAGGGAAUGCUGCGAACCGUGCCUGCUGAUCGCACCCCAAUCUCACAGAUUACAAACAGUACUUGGCUGAGAGGGAUUGAAUACCCUCAACCAUAUGUGUUUUUACCUCCAUCUCCUGCUCACUUUGCACAGGCCAACCCUCCCUUGAGUGUGGAGGAGGAGGAGGUGAAGAACUUCAUGUCUGCUUUGGGUGUUACAAAAGUCCAUUUUCAAAACAAUCCCAAUUUGGACUGUAAAAGCCCGUUGACAGGGACCUACAGGAUCCUCCUCCAUAGAGCCCAGAAGAGGAGGUUAGUGGAGGCUGUGGGAUACUCAGCACUUCAUCCUGAAGACUACGAGAGUCCAAACAAGUGGACUGAAACAUCCAUUGGUAAACAGAUUCCCUCCGCUGUUUGCGUUAUACUAUAGAAGAAAUGGCUGGUGCUUCAGACUCGUGGACCUUGUUAUAUCACAUGUGGAUCAAAAUGUCCCACACAUGGAGGAUGAGGGCCCUUAAUAGGCUUUCUGUUCUGAUCACAGUGGACUUACUGACACAGAACAUCGUCUCCGAAUGGCUAUCAGCAUCUUCCAAUCCCUCUUAGAGAGAACGUAAACCCUGUGAGGUAAUCCAGGACCACAGGUAAUCCCGCUCAGGGAGAACAUGCUUCCUCUGACAGAAAACGUGAGCAAAAAAAAAAAAACAA